AUGGUCUUCAGUGGUAUAGUCGAGGGUGUGGGUGAAGUCGUUGGUGUGAGGCCUAUGGUCAAGAAUAAGCCCUCGCAUGGUAUCAUUGUAGAGAUACGCAGUAGAGUGGCUUGCAGUGAUGCGUAUAUUGGCUGCUCUAUAGCAGUCGAAGGGGUCUGCCUUACCGUCACGGAAAUCAACACCGAUGUUUUCACUGUGGGUAUCAGUCCUGAAACCCUCAUGAAGACUACCCUAGGCGGCCUUACGCCCGGGUCCAAGGUGAAUAUAGAGAGAGCACUUGCAGCUGAUGGAAGGAACUCGGGGCAUGCCGUGCAGGGGCAUGUAGACGGUACUGGUGUGAUUGAGGAGAAGUGGAAGGAUGGGGAGAGUCUUCGAGUGAGAAUACGAGCCUUUCCUGAGGUCUUGCCGUCUUAUAUCGUGUCCAAGGGUUUCAUUGCUAUUGAUGGUGUUUCCUUGACCGUCUGUGAGGUGUCUCCGAAGAACUGCACUUUCACCAUAAUGCUAGUGCCUCACACACAGUCCAUGAUUACCCUCCCCCAUAAGCCUGUUGGAGCUCGAGUCAAUCUUGAGGUCGAUUGCAUGGCGAAAUACGUGACUGCUGCACAAGGGGGAGGCGUCGUCACCGGCAUGCAGCCUCUUAUUGUUGGUACGGCCUUCCUGGCGGCAUUGGUGGGGGGACUAUGUUCGAUUGAGUUCCUCUCUGAAUCGUUGGUGGCGGGGUCUGCCGAGAAGAAUGAACUUUAA